GAGGGAUACAGAGCAGGAGAGAGUGAAAGAAACCAACUUGCACAGAGAAGUCCCUCUCCAGGUUUGGAAACAUCUCUCACAAAAACACGAAGCGUUCCCACAUCGCACAAAACAAGAUUUCAGCGCUGUGAAGUAAAAGCAUAAAUAAAGUGUACAAAAUGCUGUGCCCAUGGCAGUUUGCAUUCAAACCUCGUGUUGUUAAGAAUCAGUCCUCUGAAGAGAAGGAUAUCAAUAAUAACGUGGAGAAAGAUACAAAGUUCCAUGGCUUUGUGAAAGAUGAUGCCAAAUUACACAGUAUAAGCAAGAAGCAGAUAGAGAUGUCACCUAUAAUCACUUCAGCAGAGAAACCCCCACAGAAUGGUAUCAAAGCUUCAAACCAAAUACCAACAUGUCCUAGACGUGUAAAAGUAAGGAACUUGGAAAACGGAUCCAGCCUUCUUGACACAUUACACCUGACAGCAAAGGAGGUUAUCAAUUGUCGGACCAAAGCUUGCCAAGGAGCACUCAUGACCCCAAAGAGCCUGGUGAGAGGCACUAGAGAUGGGCCAGUUCCUCCAGCAGAGCUUCUACCUCAGGCAAUAGACUUUGUCAAGCAGUACUACAGUUCAUUUAAAGAGUUAAAAAUAGAAGAGCACCUGGCCCGACUAGAAACAGUGACCAAAGAGAUAGAAACAACAGGAACCUACCAUCUGACAAAGGAUGAACUGAUCUUUGCUGCCAAACAGGCCUGGAGGAAUGCUCCAAGGUGUAUUGGGAGGAUUCAGUGGUCCAAUCUACAGGUAUUUGAUGCACGUGAUUGUAAAACAGCCAAGGAAAUGUUUGAAUAUAUCUGUCGCCAUAUUCAGUUUGCCACAAACAAUGGAAAUAUCAGAUCAGCCAUCACUAUCUUCCCUCAGAGGACUGAUGGGAAACAUGAUUUCCGUGUUUGGAACAGCCAGUUCAUCCGAUACGCUGGAUAUCAGAUGCCAGAUGGGUCUGUCAUAGGAGACCCUGCAAAUGUGGAGUUCACAAAGUUGUGCAUUGAGCUUGGGUGGAAGCCGAAGUAUGGCCGCUUUGAUGUAGUUCCACUCGUUCUCCAAGCAAACGGCCAAGAUCCAGAAAUAUUUGAAUACCCGCCAGAGAUUAUCCUUGAAGUGCCAAUGGAGCAUCCAAAAUAUGAAUGGUUUAAGGAGUUGGAUCUGAAGUGGUAUGCUCUGCCUGCGGUUGCCAACAUGCUCCUUGAGGUGGGAGGCCUGGAAUUCACUGCAUGUCCUUUCAACGGCUGGUACAUGGGAACAGAGAUUGGAGUGCGAGACUUCUGUGAUGUACAGCGGUACAACAUCCUGAAGGAGGUUGGAAGAAGAAUGGGACUGGAAACCAACAAACUUGCAUCACUGUGGAAGGACCGAGCUGUUGUAGAGAUAAAUGUGGCUGUGCUUCAUAGCUUCCAGCAACAAAAUGUUACUAUCAUGGAUCAUCACUCAGCUGCUGAGUCCUUCAUGAAAUACAUGCAGAAUGAGUACCGUGUGCGGGGAGGCUGCCCAGCUGACUGGGUGUGGAUUGUGCCUCCUAUGUCAGGGAGCAUAACUCCUGUGUUCCACCAGGAGAUGUUGAACUACGUCCUCACUCCCUUCUUUUACUACCAGGUGGAUGCAUGGAAAACACACAUCUGGCAUGAUGAGACCCGUCGGCCAAAGAAAAGAGAAAUAAAGUUGAGCAUUUUGGCCAAGGCUGUACUCUUUGCGUCACUGCUCCUGCGAAAAACAAUGGCAGCCAGGUCCAAGGUGACUGUGAUCUAUGCAACAGAGACUGGGAAAUCAGAAACAUUAGCCAGCAGUCUGUGCAGUUUGUUCAGCUGUGCCUUCAACACUAAGAUUCUGUGCAUGGAUGAGUACAACAUCAGUGACUUGGAAAAAGAAACUCUUCUUUUAGUGGUUACCAGCACUUUUGGAAAUGGAGAUUCUCCAAAUAAUGGAAAGGCAUUAAAGAACUCCUUGCUCACCAUGAAAUUGCUGAGAAAAAAAAUUAGAUACGCUGUGUUUGGCUUGGGGUCCACCAUGUAUCCUGAGUUCUGUGCCUUUGCUCAUGCCAUUGACCACAAACUGUCCCAACUGGGGGCUUUGCAGCUCACUCCAGUGGGUGAAGGAGAUGAACUCAAUGGUCAAGAAGAAGCCUUUCGCACAUGGGCAGUCACUGCGUUCAAGACUGCCUGUGACAUUUUUGAUAUCCGUGGGAAAACCAGUAUUCAGUUACCUGAGAUGUACACAUCAGAUGACAGCUGGAAUCCUAAGAAACACAGGAUAGUACAUGACUCUCAAGCCAUGGACUUGACUAAAGCACUGGCAGACAUUCAUGGAAAGGAUGUAAUUCCCAUGAAGCUGAAAUUCAGACAGAAUCUUCAGAGUUUCAAAUCCAGUCGUGUUACCAUUCUAGUUAAGCUUUCCUGUGAGUCUAAUCAGGAAGUGCACUACCUGCCUGGAGAACAUAUUGGGAUUUUCCCAGGCAACCAGCCAGAAUUAGUCCACAGCCUCAUUGCACGUGUUAAGGAUGCCCCUCCAGCUGAUCAGACUAUCAGACUUGAAACCUGUACUGAAGGUGGCUAUUGGGCAAGCCAGAAAAAGAUUCCAGCUUGCACUCUCUCCCAGGCUUUGACAUAUUUACUUGAUAUCACUACUUCACCCUCCCAACAACUUCUAAAAAAACUCUCCCAGCUGGUAAGAGCGGAAGGAGACAAACAGAGACUGGAAGUUUUAUGUCAUAGCACAGAAGAAUACAAUAAAUGGAAGUUUUACAACAGCCCGAACAUCCUGGAGGUCCUGGAAGAGUUUCCUUCUGCUGAAGUCUCAACAGCUUUCUUACUGACUCAGCUGCCACUUCUGAAACCCAGAUACUACUCUGUCAGUUCCUCCUGUGACAUGACACCCAGAGAGAUUCAUCUGACAGUUGCUGUGGUAAACUACAGGACAAGAGAUGGACAAGGGCCAUUGCACCAUGGAGUCUGCAGCACGUGGCUGAACAAAAUAGCUCUCAAUGAAACAGUCCCUUGCUUUGUGCGCAGUGCUGAUGGAUUCCAGCUCCCAAAGGAGCCAGCCAAGCCGUGCAUUCUUAUUGGCCCAGGAACAGGAAUUGCUCCAUUCAGAAGUUUCUGGCAGCAGCGUCUCUAUGACUUGGAAAAGAAAGGGAUCAAAGCUGGUGACAUGAUAUUACUGUUUGGCUGCCGGCAGCCAGAUAUGGAUCAUAUCUACAAAGAAGAAGUUGAAGAAAUGAAGAGGAAAGGAGUUCUGAAAGAAGUUUUUACAGCUUACUCCAGGCAACCUGGUCAACCUAAAGUCUAUGUUCAAGAUAUUCUUCAAAAUGAGUUGGAAACCAAAGUAUGUAAUAUCUUGCAUAAAGAGGAAGGGCAUCUGUAUGUCUGUGGAGAUGUACGCAUGGCCAGAGAUGUUGCUCAGACUUUGAAGAAGAUGCUUGUAAAAAAUCUGGACCACACAGAGAAGCAGGCAGAAGAGUAUUUCUUCCAGCUAAAGAGCCAAAAGCGAUACCAUGAAGAUAUAUUUGGGGCUGUGUUCCCACAUGAAGUCAAAAGAACAUAAGAGAUUUGCAACCCAUCAGUCCAGGCACGGACCGACAGUCUGAGCUGGAAUCCAGUGAAGGAUUUGACACUCAAAAGUCAACAGUGUCACGUAUGUGCAGUGUGUUCCACGUGUUCUUCAGGACAGCUUUAAACAUAAGAUGAGAAACGCAGCGUAGUUGAAAGGCUGUGGGCAGUGAUGAUGGAGAACAGGAAGUGUGGGACAGCAGAGACAGAGAGAGGACAGAGGAGGUUCAUAGCAAGUAUGUGGAUGUUAUUUCAUGCCUUAACACAUUCUUUGCUUCUGAAGUUUUGAGGUGAGGUGCAGAACGAGGUAACUUCCAUCUCCAUUUAGAAAGCUCUCAAUAAGCCCAGGACUCUCUGAGCUCUGGGCUUCAAAUAAGUCCAACAUAGGCAACAGAAGUAAGUUCUAUAUUUUAAAGUGUUAGUGUGUGCCUUGUGCUUUCAGGAGGAGUAUUGCAGCACAAUGCAUUUGCCAUGUGUUUAACAAAAUAGAUGUAUUUUCUUGCCAAGAGUACUGGUGAAGUGGUCCCCUCUGGCUUUAGGGUUUAAAAUGCAAUUGAGUGUUACAUCACCGCUGUCUGGAGCUCUGAAUGGUCUCUGUGCUUGAGUUUUUCUUCACUGAGAUGGGAAUACUUGUUGACUGAGGAAAGGAGGGAGGGAAGCUUCUGUUGCUUUUCAGGGAAAAGAUUCUUGGACUAUUCACUGGUGAAAGACAAAUGCUUUAAAAACAAAAAGAACUUCAAAAUCUUGACUAAGAUGUAAACAAAUAUAACAAAAAUGCACAAGUCAUAUACUGUGUUGCACAAAUCCCGGGUUAGGAUGUGCUCUGAGGCUUUCAGCAGGAGGCAGGUGAUGAUGCAAAUGCCUCUGGGCUGGGUUUGCUGCUCUUCUUUGGGAAAAGGCAUUGCCUUGGGUUGGUGGGAGCUGUGCUGCAGGGCUGGGAUGUAAUAAUAUAGCCAGUCCACAGUGAGCUUCCCUUUGCAGCUGGUGGGAUGUAACCUUCAUGCUUG